ACUCAGUUGGAGCUGGUCAUUUUUGGAGUAGGCAUACUAUCGAAGUAGUUGGAGGGGCCCCUCAAUAUGAACAUAUUGGCAUAUAUACUCAGCAUUGAAGCAAAAGGACUAAAUAUCUUACAUGUAAUGAAAGGUAAAAAGCUUGGAUCUUACUUUGGAGCUUCCGUCUGUGCUGUGGACCUCAACGCAGACGGCUUCUCAGACCUGCUUGUGGGAGCCCCUAUGCAGAGCAUCAUCAGGGAGGAAGGGAGAGUGUUUGUGUACAUCAACUCUGGCUCGGGGGCAGUAAUGAAUGAAAUGGAAAUAGAGCUCAUUGGAAGUGACAAAUAUGCUGCAAGAUUUGGGGAAUCUAUAGUUAAUCUUGGAGACAUUGAUAAUGAUGGCUUUGAAGAUGUUGCUAUUGGAGCUCCACAAGAAGAUGACUUGAGAGGCGCUAUUUAUAUUUACAACGGCCGAGCAGAGGGGAUCUCAUCAGCCUUCUCACAGAGAAUUGAAGGACUUCAGAACAGCAAGUCAUUAAGUAUGUUUGGACAGUCUAUAUCUGGGCAAAUUGAUGCAGAUAAUAAUGGAUAUGUAGAUAUAGCCGUUGGUGCUUUUCGGUCUAAUUCUGCUGUGUUGCUAAGGACAAGACCUGUUGUGAUCGUUGAAGCUUCUUUAAACCACCCUGAGUCAGUAAAUAGAACGAAUUUUGACUGUAUUGAAAAUGGAUUGCCUGCUGUGUGCAUGGAUCUCACACUGUGUUUCUCAUACAAGGGCAAAGAGGUCCCAGGUUAUAUUGUUUUGUUUUAUAACAUGAGUCUGGAUGUGAACAGGAAGGCAGAAUCUCCCUCGAGAUUUUAUUUUUCUUCUGAUGGAACUUUUGAUGUGAUCACAGGGAGCUUGAAAGUAUCAAGCAGAGAGGCUAACUGUAGAACACAUCAAGCCUUUAUGCGGAAAGAUGUGCGAGACAUCCUCACACCUAUUCAGGUUGAAGCCGCUUACUACCUUGGGCACCAUGUCAUCAGUAAACGAAGUAUGGAAGAAUUCCCACCACUUCAGCCAAUUCUUCAACAGAAGAAAGAAAAAGACUUAAUUGAAAAAACAAUAAAUUUUGCAAGAUUUUGUACCCAUGAAAAUUGUUCUGCUGAUUUACAAGUUUCUGCAAAAGUUGGGUUUUUGAAGCCAUAUGAAAAUAAAACCUAUCUUGCUGUUGGGAGUAUGAAGAUGUUAAUGUUGAACGUGUCCUUGUUUAAUGCUGGAGAUGAUGCAUAUGAAACAACCCUGCAUAUCAGACUACCCACUGGGAUUUACUUCAUUAAGAUUUUAGAUCUGGAAGAGAAGCAAAUAAGCUGUGAUGUAACAGAUAGCUCUGGCAUAGUAAAACUUGACUGCAGAGUUGGUUAUAUAUAUGUAGAUCAUCUCUCAAGGGUGGAUGUGAGCUUUCUCCUGGAUGUGAGCUCACUCAACAGAGCAGAAGAGGAUCUCAACAUCACAGUGCAUGCCGCCUGUGAAAAUGAAGGGGAAAUGGACAAUGAGAGGCAUAACAAAGUCACGGUCACAAUACCUCUGAAGUAUGAAGUCAUGCUAACUGUUCAUGGGUUUGUAAACCCAACUUCAUUUGUGUAUGGAUCUGAGGAGGAAAAGGAGCCUGAAACAUGCAUGGCAGAGAAAAUGAACUUCACUUUCCAUGUUAUCAACACUGGCCAUAGCGUGGCUCCAAAUGUUAGUGUGGAAAUAAUGAUACCAAAUUCUUUUAUUCCCCAAACCUAUAAGUUGUUCAACAUUUUGGAUGUCCAGACUACUACUGGAGAAUGCCAUUUUGAAAAGUAUCAGAGGAAAUGUUCAUCAGAAAAAGAAAAAGGUACAAUGGAGACCCUGAGAGACAUAUUCACAUUCAUGUCAAAGACUGAUAAGAGGCUGUUGUACUGCAUGAAAGCUGAUCCAUAUUGUUUAAAUUUCUUGUGCAAUUUGGGGAAAAUGGAAAAUGGAAAAGAAGCCAGUGUUCACAUUCAGUUGGAAGGCCGGCCCUCCAUUUUAGAAAUGGAUGAGACUUCAGCACUCAAGUUUGAAAUAAGAGCGACAGCUUUUCCAGAGUCAAAUCCAAAAGUUAUUGAACUUAACAAGGACGAGAAUAUUGCACAUGUUCUGCUCGAAGGACUACAUCAUCAAAGACCCAAACGUCUUUUCACGAUAGUGAUUAUUUGCAGUAGUUUGUUACUUGGACUUAUUUUACUUCUAUUGAUUUCAUAUGUUAUGUGGAAGGCUGGCUUCUUUAAAAGACAGUACAAAUCCAUCCUACAAGAAGAAAACAGAAGAGACAGUUGGAGUUAUGUUAACAGUAAAAGCAAUAAUGAUAAUAAUGAUGAUGAUGAUGAUUAAAGACUUCUUUCAAAAUGAGAGAAUAACAGACUCAGGUAUAAUAAAGAAAUUUAAGAAACUGUUUACAAAAAAUCAUGAACUGGGUUCAGUUUUUUCAUGUACUUUUACUCAGAACCUUGUGACAUGUUAUGUCUUAAUGCAAAUGAAAUAUCCAAGUAAUGAUUACUUCUUUGAGAGAAAACUACAAAGGUAACAUUUCAUAUAUCCAAAGGUAUUCCUUCAGUUCUUAAAUGGAUAGAAAGACACUAAAGUACUCGGCGAAGGAUCGCUUAUCUUGAAAGUACAUCUAAAUUGAAUCAUAUUGAGGAAGUAAACAACUCAAUUGGAGAAGUUUUAGACUUGAAAUAUCAUUCCUUUAAAAGGAGAUAUUUGCCAUAUGUGCUUGCUUCAGUAAAAUAAAUUCCACUGAAUAUGUAAUAACUCAUUUCUAAUAGAUCUUUGAGACUUGUUUGAAAUAUGUUCUUUAAAUGUAUUUCACAGAAUUUUUCAAAGAACUGUUUCCAAAUUUCCUAGUGAAUUAAAGAGGGCCAUUGUCACUUUAGAGCAUAUUUUACCUUUGUAAGACCUUUAUCUGUAAUACAUUUCCUAUGGGCUUUGAUCAACAACCAUUUAUUCAGUAGUCUAUGAAUAUUAUAGGCCUGAAGAACAAACUUCAGACUGAGCUUAAUACACUGGUUUGAGCUUAAUCGGGUGACUUCUGGAUUUCUUCUUUCUGUAUAUAUAUACAUAACUUUUUUUAAGGAAUAUUUGUUUAUAUAUAUAUAGUCCUAUGAUACAGUUUUAUUAAGGGUAGCCAGAAGUAAAUUUUAAAAAUCCAUCAUUAGUCAAAUUUUUCAUUUUUAAAAACAACAGUACUUAAGAAGUCUAAUUUAUAUUCUGAAACAGAUUGUGAAUGUUGCACUUUAGCUGAUAAUUGAAGUAUAAAUACACUGAUAUAUGUAAAAUAUGCAAACUGUACCUCACUGAUAGUUUUUAAAAAUAAAAGCUCUACAAAGACAAUGAUUAGGGGGCAAUAUUUCAUACAAAUUAGACACUGUAAAAUACUUUCAAAUUAAGCAAUACACAAAUACUGGUUUGAAUGUUCCUCUUUUCUAUUCAAAUGUAAAUAUCAAAUGUGUUAUCAGGUAUAUAAGAGCAUUCUCUUCUGUAUGGAAAAGAAGAAACAAAAUUCAGAAAUUUCACUGUAAAUUGAAAAAUACAGAUUUAGCUUGUAUCCAGUGAAUAUAAAUGUAACAUCAAAAUUUCUAUAUGUUUUAAUAAGUGAAAUGAUUUAAGUUUUUUGUUGAUGUUACCUUAGAUUUUUUUUUUCUAAUGUAGUUUCUGGAUUUUAAAUAAGUCUUUAAAUGCCUUUACAUUUACAAAUAUGUUCUUUUUGUAAUAUUUAUUCAUGCAUAUGAACCGGAUGCUGUUGUAGAAUAUAAUUUCAUCUGAACUGUGCUAAAUCUGUAUUUAUAUAUGUAAAAAGAUUGUGGACAAAUUUUGAAAAUCUGUUAUAGGAAGUGCCCAAAUAGACAAAUUAGAGGGCAGUCUUUACUGUUAUGGACAAUAUUUCUUUAUAGGAAGUAAGACCCGGCCAACAGCUGUGUUCCUCAGACUGCCUAAUACCUGGAAAUUAUCCAUUCACAGGCCUGUAGUCUUCGAUUUGUGGCUGAGAGGAAGGAAUGCAGAGAUUUGUGAAGGCAUUUGAGCAAUGAAACCCAAUCACAAUGAGCAUGAAAUCUCUGGAACGCUAUUUGUGCCAACAGAAAUUAUAUACUUUAAAGCACACUUUUUUUUUGAGCAGAAGCUAUUUUUGUUUUGUUUUUUUCAUUAUAAAAAGCCAAGUAGUACAGGAGAAUGUCUAGAAUCAUUGGUGCAAAAUCAAACCCAAAUUUAGAAUUGCUUUCUAAGGAAGAUCCCUGAGGACAUUUAAAUUUGGUUCUUUCCUAUUUGGAAAUGACAGCAUUUCAGGUUUUACUGAAUACACUGAAAACAAUGUGCUAUGUUGGCAGAUGACCUGGCUUUCAAGAGCAAGAAGACGACCAAGCUCUCUCCUGGGCCAGAUUCUGCCCAGUUCGAUAUUUUGCAUAGUUGGAAAUAAAAUUUGUUAUAAACUUUAGUAGUAUCUGUAUCAUAAAUUUUAAAACCCUACUACUUUAUGAAAAUCAACUGAUUUUUCAAUUUUCAGAGAAUAUUCACAAAACUGGUACCAUAACAACUUUUCUAAAGAGGAGGUUGGCAAGUGGUCUAGAUAUAGGAGAGAUUUUGAGAAACUAGUUAUAUUUCUGGUUCUAUCAUUAAAAAGCUGCAUAAUUUUGAAAAGUAACCUCCCUGGAUUAGGUACCACAUUAGGACAAUCAUUCUUACGUGAACUCUGUGGUCUGUUUGUACCAGGCUUAGGAGAUUUAACAUCAAAAUUGAUGGACUCAACUCCUGAAAAAUGAAAGAAUCCAAAUUAUUUCACUUUGGAGUUAUCUAGGUUGAGUACAGAUAUAUCGUGCUGUUUUGUUUAAGUAUAUGAAAUGUUUACUUUCAGUUCCAAUAAAUACUUUCCAAAAACCAGAA